AUGGUGGCGAGCAGGCCGGGAUCGAUGCGGCGUGUGUUGCAGGUCAACUACGGCCAGCAGCUGCGCGUGGUGGGCAACGCGCCCGGCCUGGGCGGGUGGGAUACUGCCCGUGGACUUCAUCUCAAGUGGAGCGAAGGUCAUGUGUGGUCGGGAGAGGUGGAGCUGGACGCCGGCAGCCAUGUGGAGUUCAAGCUCGUAUGUGUUGGAAAAGACUCUGACGCCUGGGAGGACGGCAACAACCGCGGCAUCAAGGUCCUGGGUGCAGGCUACAGCCAGGACGUGCACUGCGAGUGGGGGCGCACGAAAGAAAACGAUGUGCGUGCGCGGGAGUUGCAGGAGGGUCAGCCUCGGUUUGAGGACCUGGCAGCAGCGGUGGGAGCGCGCGCUGCGGCUGACGCUCAGCAGCGCCGCUUGGGCAGCGAGUCAUACCCAACCACCGACACAGACGAGGGAGGGUUUUCGUCGACGGCGUCUGGGGAUGACGAGCAGCUGACCCCCGCCUGGCAGGGCCGCGAGGUGCGUUUCAUGCGCAGCAACGACCACUCGCGCGAGCGCGCAGGCCGCUGGGACACCAGCGGCCUCGCAGCAGGCCCGGUGCUGGAGCUGGUCCGCGGCGACGAGGGCGCCCCCAACUGGCUGGGCAAGCUGGGCGUGGCGCGCGGCCUGCUGGUGGACGCGGCGCCGCGCAUGCGGCCAGAGACGCCCUCCCUGGCUGCGGCCCUGGUGUACCUGUCGUGGGUCAACAGCGGGGCCAUCGCCUGCGCCGAGGGCGGCGGGCACUACCGACCCAACCAUCACGCGCGCACGGCGCAGCAAAUCUUCCGGUCCCUUGAGUGGGCCAUAGAGGAGGACCGGCCCCGGGGCAUGAGCGACACCACACUCCGCCUGCGCGCGCUGCUGGCGCGCCGCCUGCACGCACGGCUGCCCAGCUUCAACGCCAACUUUACGCAGACAGUGCCGCUCACGCGCAUCCGAGACAUUGCACACCGCAGCGACAUCCCACACGAUCUCAAGCAGGAGAUCAAGCACACGCUGCAGAACAAGCUUCACCGCAACGCCGGCCCCGAGGACCUGGUGGCGACGCAGGCCAUGCUGGCGCGCAUCACGGCCAACCCCGGGGAGUACAGCGGCGCCUUUGUGGACGAGUUCCGCGUGUUUGCGGCGGAGCUGAGGGAGUUCUUCAACGCGGGCGGCCUCACCACCAUCCUGGAGGGCCUCAGGGACGUCCUCACGCAGGACCCCGCGGACGCACAGGCGCUGGAUGGGUUUCUUGGUGCCAAGUCGCGGCUGGAUGGGCUGGGCACAGAGCCGCAGCUGUCUGAGAUUAUGGGGGUUGCGCACGCCGCCACCACCCUGCGCGCACUGCUGUUGCGCGCCCUGUCCAGCGGUCUCCGCAACGACGCCCCGGACGCCUCGCUAGCCAUGCGGCAGCGCUACCGUCUGGCUGAGCUGCGGUGUGAGGAGUACCUGUUUGUGCUCAUGAGCCGAUUCAUCAAUGGGCUGGAGACCCAGGGCGGCGCUGCCGCCAUGGCCAAGGCCAAGUCAUCUGUGGCGUGGUCGCACCCCCUGGCCAUGCUGCUGCUGGGCGUGAGGAACCUGGGCUUGGGCGGCUGGAGCCCCGGGGAGUGCGUGGCCCUCGAAAACGAGAUCACGGCCUGGCAGCAGGAGGCAGAGUACGACAGCCGCGAUAAUGCGCUCAGGCUGAAGGCCACCCUGGAGCGCUGCCUGCGGCUGACAGAGGGCUACACAGACACGCUGCUGGGGGUGCUGCCGGAGCGCGCUGAGCAGCUGGGCCGUGCCCUGGGCGUUGAUGACUGGGUGGUGCGCACCUUCACCGAGGGUGAGGUGCGCUCCAGCCUGGUGUUUCAGCUCAGCAAGCUUGCCGCCCUGCUGCUGGUGGCGGCGCGGUCCUUGGCUGGCGUGACGCCCUGGGAUACACUCGUAUCGGGCACUGCGGUGGGCCGCCUGGUUGAGGCGGCGCGCCUGGACCCCGGGGCUCUGGAGGGAGAGACUGCUCCCGUGGUGCUACUGCUGCGCGAGGCGGACGGCGACGAGGAGGUGGCGGCUGCGGGGCGCUGUGUCAAGGGCAUCGUGCUAACACAAGAGCUGCCGCACCUCAGCCACCUUGGUGUGCGCGCGCGGCAGGAGCGGGUGCCAUUUGUGACGCUGGAGGACCGCGACAUCAUCGCGUCACAGGUGCUGCCGCUGCUCGGGCAGCAGGUUGCGCUGGUGGCGUCACCAGAGGGUGUGCAGCUGCGCCCGGCUACGGCCACAGAGUCAGCGGCGACAAGUGCCAGCAGCAGCAACGGCAACGGCAGCAAAGCAGCGCAGGCCAGCAGCAACAACGGGGUGGACAGUGCUACCUGGUCGCUGGCCGUGAGCAAGGUGUCCAAGCCAGGCGUGGUGGCCCUGCUGGACUGCACGGCCUCUGUGGGCGGAGCCAAGGCGGCAGCAUGCGGCCGCCUUGAGCAGGUGCGCUGGCAGCAGAUGGACGUGUGA